AUGGUCCUCCUCCCCGGCUCCGUCGGACUUUCCUGCGGCGUCACCCAGCUCUGCCCGACCCUCUCUGGCAAUGUCGCGACCUCUCUCACCCCCUGCGUGAUCCCGUGGGGUAUCAGCUUCUCAGCCGCCGUUGCCGACGCCUUCACUUUAAGCACCACCACCGGCAGCAUCACCUUCGGCGCCGAGAUCGGCGACCCAGUUGUACUCGGCCCCCAGGGCACUGCGACCUUCUUCAGCUCCGCCCCGCUGGUCCCGCUGGUAGGCAGUGAGACGAGCGUGUUUGUGGGGCCCCUGCUGGGCGCGGGUACACCGGCGGUUGGAGUGGGGUUGGUCACAGCCGCGGGGGUAACGCGGGUGGUGAGUACGCCGGCGGCGAACGCGACGCUCUGUAGAAUUUCGUAUCUGGCAGUGAAUGUGGGGUAG